AUGCUUAUUAUUUCUUUCUCACUCUUUCAUUAGAUAACAAAAAUAUUCAAAGUUGUCUUCAUAAUUAAUAAUGACAGAUUCUUUGAGGGAAGAUCAAAUUGCUGAAAUCUACAAAGCAUUUUGUCUCAUUGACAAGAACAAAGAUGGGUUUAUUACGGUGGAUGAAUUAACAGUCACAAUCCGAACAUUAGAUGGAAAUCCAAGAAAAGAAGAAAUUCAAAAUAUGAUUAGUGAAGUGGAUAUUGAUGGAAAAGGAUAUAUGGAUUUUGAAGAGUUUUUAAAUAUUAUGAGUAGAAAAAUAAAGGAAAAUAUGUAUGAUGAACUGAAAGAAGCAUUCAAAGUAUUUGAUAGAGAUCAAGAUGGGUAUAUUUAUGCAAGGGAGUUGAGAUACGUAAUGAAGAAUUUGGGAGAGAAGCUAACUUAUGAAGAGGCUAAGCAAAUGAUUCGAGAGGCGGAUUUGGAUGGCGAUGGUAAACUUAAUUAUGAAGAAUUUGCAAAGAUGAUGAUGAUGAUGAUGCUAAAGUGAUGUAGUUAUUAUAGAAAAAAUGAAAAUAAUUUAAUUUAAUUAUCCAAUGACAUAGUACAAAUGUUCCUUUGGUCCUCAGUAACCCAAUACAAUACACCAAUAUUUACAUUAUACA